AUGGAGAAUAAUAUUUAUGAUUAUAUAAGUUCAUUCCCUGAAUGCAAAAAGGAGUUAAAAGUUCAAAAAGCUAAAGUAGAUACAAGUUAUACAAAUGAAUGUGAAAAAAUUAUGAAAAUAUAUUUUCCUGAUGAUAGUUCGAAUAAUAAUAUUAUUUGCACCACAUCUAUGUCAUAUAUAGAUAAUUUAUCCCGUUUUAAUAUUGAUAUACCUAAAAAUAUCCUUUGUUCAUACUUGUAUUAUUGGAUAUAUCAUGAACUUUUGAAAAAAGGUAAAAGUUGUGAUACAAAAAAUCUUUACAAAAAAUUUAUGAGUAUUUAUAAUUAUGGGGGCAUACAUAACCCAUGUCAAUACUAUGCGGACAAUAUUACUUCCAAUGAUAAUUUUGAAAAAGUCAAAUAUUUAUAUGAAACAUCACUAUGUCUUAACACAAUAGAACAUGAUGAAGAAGAAACUGUAGACAAUCCUUUUUGUAAGGCAUUAAAAGAUAUUAUUAAUAAUUAUAAUGAUGCAAAUAUGUCUAAAUUAUGUAAAUGUGAUAAACAAGAAAUGUCAUCCUCUAUACAAACUAAUACAAAGGAUAUUAUUAUAAUUUCAAUUCUUGUUACAUUAGUAAUAUUGCUGUUGUUAUUUUAUGUCCUUAAGGUUAGUUAUGAUAUUAUUCCAAUAUAUUUUUACUGA